AUGCCUGAUGAUCCACAUAAUCCCAACGACCCAAACGGGCCUGACGCCUUGAAUGUGCCCAACGACCCAAAUGGGCCCGACGCCUUGGAUGUGCCCAACGACUCUGACGGGCCCUAUGAUCCAGAAAGGCCCAACGACUUGCCUAACGACCCGAACGAGCCCGAUGAUCCAGAAAGGACCAACAACCUGAACGUUCCUGACGAUCCAGACGGGCCAAACGACCUGGACGGGCCUGAUGAUCUAGACAGGCCCAACGACCCAGAUCUGCCCGACAACCCAGAUGUGACUGAUGACUCGGACGGGCUUGACGACCUGGACAGACCCGAUGAUAUCGACAUGCAAAACGACCCGAACUGGGCCGUCUGGGUUGGCCUUUCUGGAUCAUCGGGCUCGUUCGGGUCGUGGGGCAUGUCAGGAUCAUCGUGCCAGUCCGGGUCAUUGGCCCGUCCUGGUCAUCGGGCCCGUCCAGGUGAUCGAUCUCGUUCGGGUCAUCGGGCUCGUCCGGGACAUCGGGCUCGUCCAGGUUGUUGGGCUCGACUUGGUGAUCGGGCUCGUCCCAGUCGUGGGGCUCGUCCGAGUCUUCGGGCUCGUCCGGAUCGUCGGGCUCGCCCGAGUCAUCGUGCCUGUUUUGUUGGUGAGCUCGUCCGGGUCAUCGGGCUUGUUCGUGUUAUGGGGUCUGUCCCGGUCAUAGGGCCCAUUUAG